AUGACCAUAAUUGAAUGUGAGUGCAAGGAUCCAAAAAAUUUCGAACAAAUUAAGGUAGUGGUUAUUCCAGACACUAAUUUACAACUUCCCAUUCACAAUUUAAGUACUGUUACGAAAACAGUCACUCAGUUACAUGGAGAAGAUAAGAAUAGUUCGCAAAUGGAGCAGUUUUUAUCUAGACAAAUGAAGAAAUAUUAUGAAGAAAUAUUAGGACAAUAUCAAGGUGGUUUUAGAACUGGUAGAUCCACAAUCGAUCAAAUUUUUAUAAUUAAGCAAGCCAUGGAGAAAUGCUAUGAAUAUAAUGUUGAUUUGCAUAUAUUAUUCAUAGAUUUUAAACAGGCAUUUGACAGCAUAAACAGAAAGAACAUUCCUAAAGCCCUUGUAUCAGAUGUAUUUAAUAUAACAAGCGGAGUAAGACAAGGGGAUACGCUAUCAGCGCUGGUAUUUAAUAUAGUACUUCAAUAUGCAAUUGGAAAACUAGAUAAAGGCGGCCACAUUUUUAUAAGAGCAUAUCAAAUCAUUGCAUAUGCAGAUGACAUUGCAAUAGUUACGAGAAGAUUUUGCGAUAUGAAAGAAGCCUUUUUAAUGCUAGACAUGGAAGUAAAAAGAGUAGGUCUUAAGAUUAAUGAAAAUAAAACUACAGGACCAAAUGUUAAGAUACAAAUAUAUAAAACUCUAAUUCGUCCUGUUGUAACAUAUGAAUGCGAAAUAUGGACAUUGAAUGCAGCGGAGGAAAGCCAUCUAAGAAUCUUCGAACGAAAAAUACUGAGGAAAAUAUUUGGUGCAAUAAGAAUAGAAAACGGAGAAUAUAGACGUAGAAAUAAUAACGAAAUUAAUGAUCUUAUUAAGAAUGAAGACAUAAUACGUUUCAGUAAAUCGCAACGUUUAAGGUGGGCAGGACAUUGUGCGAAUGAAUGA